AUGGCAUGCUCAGAUCUAAACGCUCCAAAAACAGCCAAAUUAUUUCACAAGCCAGCUGUCAAAGAUGUACAAGUGUCUCAUCAUACCAAUAAAACAUAUCAUCAGAGUGACCAGGCUAGACAGUGGCAGAGUAGUACAGAGUUAGAGGGAUUAUUCCAUCAAAACAUUCCAGAAGCUCAACCUGGACCAGUUCCUCCAGCAGAAGCAGCAGGAAAUACAUCAUCAGUAGUGGCUUCCGCAUCAACUACAGCUUCUCCUGCAGCUGGUACACCUUCUGGUAAGCUUCUACCAGAAUGGUGUUAUAGAUCUGGUAAAGACUUACCACCACUAUAUCAACAAGUCUAUGAAGCAGCUCUUGUUGAUGGUAAAAUAGACACCAACAGACUCUAUCCUAUAUUAUUGUUAAGUUGUCUACCAAGAGAAGUGUUAGGGUAUAUCUGGUCUAUGUGUAAUACAGCUACCCCUGGACAACUUAUACAAACAGAACUUAAUGCUGUCUUGGCCUUAAUCGCUUUAGCACAGAACAAUCAUAGUAUAAUGAAUAAAGAAAUACUCAAACGAUGUCCACAACCUCCUCUACCAAUCCUUCAAUCAGUUCCUCCUGUAGCUCCUGGUGGGGUAGCACCAUCAGUGUCCCCAGGCCCCCAGCCUACCCCUGGAACACCUCAGCCUAAUCAACUCCCUGAGAAUCAAAACCAACCUAGUGUAGCCCCUACUAACCAAGCACCAGCGACCUCUAGUUUUAGUGUUGUUGCUCCAAAACCUACUCUUGGUACAGGUAUCGUGCAACAAAACCCUGGUACAAUUCAACCAAUAUCAGCUCCAACUGCUUCUCUAACCCCUCAUUCUAUUGGCGGAACCAUGGGAGGAAGUAGAAAUAUUAACCAAUCAGAACCAGCAAUAAUAACUCAUACAUCAGAAGAUGAUUUUGCUGAUUUCCAGUCAGCAGAUAAAGCAACUACAGAAGAUGAAUUUGGAGAAUUUAUGGGAACCAACAAUCCAGCUUGUAUCACUGUAGAAGAAAAACCUCCGUAUAUUAUAUCCGUACCAAAAGUGGAUCCAAAAGUCAGUGAUGAAAUGACAGCAGAUGAAAAAUAUUCCAAUGUCAGAAGUUUUUUUGGCAGUAGUGGUUCUUCAGGUCAUACAUCGCCAAAUAGUUUGGAUGAAGAAGACUACACUGAUUGUAGGGAUAGCACCAGUCAGUUCAGUACAUCAGAGCAAUCGGAGAACGAGGACAUCAAAGCUUUUGAAUCGUAUGUUGAGGAGUUCAACAGAAAGAAAGAAAAGCUUCAUCCUGAGAGUCCGCUACAUAAUCCAUUUCCACGGUUACCAGUGAUUGACAAGGCUACAUCCAAUAUUGUCAUCCCACCAAUUCCAUCUUCUUUUGGACUUCAACUCAGUUCUGAAGCCACACCUCAAGAUGAUUUCGAUGAUUUUAAAUCAGCCAUUCAAGUGUCAACACCAUCAGCAGUUACCACAGUUACAUCUUCUGAUUCCGAAUUUGCUGAUUUUCAGACUUCUUCUAAACCAGUGCCAAGUUCUUCCAGUACCAGUAAUGAUUUGAAUCUGAUAGGAGAUGAGGACAAAUAUGGCGCUUUGCGAUCAUUGGUACUGGAAGAUCCUGCAACAACAACUAAGCCCUCAGAAGCAACAGUUCCUUUUGCACAAUUUGACGAAGCUGUUACAGAAAAUGAAAGUGAUGAUUGGGCUGACUUUGCUAGUGCUGCACCAGAAGAAAGUGCUAAUAAUGGUAACAACAAGAGCUCCGUGUUGAAUGUGAACAGUACCAAACAACCUGAAACAGAUUGGGCGGAUUUUGGAGACACAGUUACUCCAACAGCAGAAACAGUCAAUAUUCAGCCAUCUUGGAUAUCUUCCAACCCAACUCUUUUGACUCCUACAAAUAUUAUGAGCAGGAGCAGUAACUCUGUUUCAUCGACCUCUUUAGCAGGCACUGAAACAGAAGAUGAUUGGUCAGAUUUCUCAACAGCUAUCAAUCAAGAUUCUCAAGCCACACCCUCAAAUCCAUUGGAAGAAAGUGAUUGGUUUAACAGCACUGGGACAAGUGACACAACAACAAGUGUAGUUACUGUGAAGAAAGCAUUAAAAUCUGAUGAAAUUCAAAAUGUUUUUAAAGUACGCAAUGACCCAAAUACUCAAGCUAGUUAUAAAAUCCCAACAUUAGAGAAGAAAGUGCGACAAAUAUCAUUGGAUGAUGAUGACCCGCCUCCAAUGGAUUACCAUGACGAAGGGGAUGACCAUGACAUCACACGUGGUUACGACCUUGAAGAAUAUCAUAACCCUUCACCUUUAAGUGGCUAUGGUUACUCUAAUCAAAAUAAAGGAAUGUUUUUGAAUCAGGUUGCUAAGAAAAUUUCUGAGAAAAGUGAUCGAGAUCGUACUAGUCUUUCACCAGAGACUGAAGAUGACAGUUACUCUUCUAAGGAUAGCUAUAACUGGAAGGGCAAGACUAAACAUUUUAAAGAAGAUUCUCAAUCUAUUAGUAGUCUUGAAUUACCAACAAAAACAGCAUCAUUAAAAACAGGAUCAGAUAAUGGUGGAAGUGACAGUCAAUCUAUAUCCAGUAUGGAGUUUGGACAGUUUGAAAGUUCCUCAAAGACACCAGUUAGUGCUGAAUCUAAAUCUUUAGAUAGUUUGGAUUUCCCACAAGAUCUACCUGGUGAUGGUGAUCCUGAUGAGACCCUGGAAAAUACAGACACAGUAGACCUAGACAGUAGUAUGAAUCAAUCUACACCAGGUAUAAGUAAUGGUAUAAAACCACUAGCUGAUAGAUAUAAUAUAACAGAUGAAGUAGUGACUAGUGAUGGAUACAGCUAUGAAUGGGAGAGAUGUUUACAGAAUUGUUUAAGAAUGAUAAAAGAAUCUAAUAUUAUAUUUAACUCUAUCAGUACAUCUAAUGUCUGUACUGAAGUUUUACAGUCAUCAAAAGGUUCAGCUUAUAUAGAUGGUAUAGUAGAGAUAUAUAGAGUAGCCUGUAGAGUUAUGACAGCUAUGAAUGCCCAUAAUCUGGCCACUCCUCAAUUAGAGAAAUUAAUGAAAGAGAUAGAUUUAGCUUGGACUAAUCUGACAGCGUUUCUAGUUGGUGCUGGAGUAUUGCCUGAAUCAAAAUCAUUUGAUUUUAAACAUGGUAUAAUGAAAUCAGACUCUGAAGAAGACCAGUAUAAAUCCUGUGGUGUGUGUUUAUUAAACGUUGAUACCAGACUGAAAGUGAUAUCAGGUGUUGAGGAUAUAUCAAAAUUAUCAUACGGUAGGAAACAGUAUCAUGCUCCCUGUGCUAAUUUCUGGGUCAACUGUGUAGACUCUACCUUACCAGGCUUAAGAUUACCUGAAUUAUUAUGA